CUUCCCACCGCCCGGGCUCGGCUCUGGCGGGACAGGCGGUCAGCAGCUCUGCGCCCUCCGCUUUGAUCCUGAUUGAGGCAGUGCUUUGCAUAAGUGCUUAAUGCUUUCUGUAAAACUGAGAUAUGCCCAUUGUUGAGAGUGAAGCCAAAGUGAAAACCAAAGUUCGCUUUGAAGAAUUGUUUAAGACCCACAGUGAUCUAAUACGAGAAAGAAAAAAACUAAAGAAAAGGAUUGCCAAGUCUGGAGAAAACCUCUCAAGUGACAUCUUUAGAAGCAAUCUUCAGCAUAUUAAAGGAACUAAAAGUGUUGACAUAAGUGUUCCCGACACUAAUAACCCCGAGAAAACCAUGCGAGUCACCAAAAACAAACUAACGAAUACACAGUCAACUGAAAAUCCAAGUGAUGAUGCUAGUGUCGAGGAAGAAAAACAAGGAAAGUCAAAUACAAAGGUUACAAAAGCAGCGCCCCAGGUGAAUACCCAAGAAAUGGAACCGGAAGCUUCUGAGGGGAAGAUGGAUUCUACACAUGAAAAAGCGGGAACAAAGUCGCAGGCAGGUGUUGUUCAUCAGAAAAGUAAGAAGGCAAAUGAAGGAAAAGAAAACAAUGAUUUAGAUGAGGAAGAAGAGCUGAUGCAAGUAUAUCAGCUCCAAGUAGCUGAAGAAAUGGCCAAGGAAAUUAAGAAGAAAAUAAGAAAGAAACUGAAAGAACAGUUGACUUACUUUCCCUCAGAUACAUCAUUGCAUGAUGACAAAUUGAGCAGUGAAAAGAAGAAAAAGAAGAAAAAGAAAGUUCCAGUCCUGUCUAAAGCUAAAACAAGUACAUUGACCAUCUCUGAACUUGAGCAUGACAAAGUUGAAGAUGAACAAAAGAAGGACUCUCCAGUUGGAGCAGUAACUUCAGAUGCUCGUCAAAAUGAUGAAAUAAACACAACUGAACAGAUUAUGGAAGAUGACAAAAAAUCCAAACCCAAAAAAACAAAAAAGAAGGCUAAAGCAGCCCCGCGUGAACGCCAAAAUCUCUGCUGGUUUCUCUGUCCCCCAGUAGCGGCCUUCUGCCGGGGGCCACGCCUGGAUUCUCAACCUCUAGCUGCGCCCAGAAUUGUUUCAGAUGAUAAUGAAGAUUCUGAUGGUGAUGGUGUUCAUGAAAUAACAAGUCGAGAUAGUCCGGUUUAUCCCAAAUGUUUGCUUGAUGAUGACCUUGUCCUGGGAGUUUACAUUCACCGAACUGAUCGACUUAAAUCAGACUUUCUGAUUUCUCACCCGAUGGUGAAGAUCCAUGUGGUUGAUGAGAAUACUGGUCAAUAUGUCAAGAAAGAUGAUAGCGAACGACCUGUUUCAUCUUACUAUGAAAAAGACAGUGUGGAUUAUAUUCUUCCUAUUAUGACCCAGCCAUACGAUUUUAAACAGCUGAAAUCAAGACUUCCAGAGUGGGAAGAACAAAUUAUAUUUAAUGAAAAUUUUCCUUAUUUGCUUCGUGAUUUUGACGAGAGCCCUAAAGUUAUCCUGUUCUUCGAGAUUCUUGACUUCUUAAGCAUGGAUGAAAUUAAAAAUAACUCUGAGAUUCAAAACCAAGAAUGCGGUUUUCGAAAAAUUGCCUGGGCAUUUCUAAAGCUUCUAGGAGCAAAUGGAAAUGUAAAUAUCAAUUCAAAACUUCGCUUACAGCUGUAUUAUCCACCUACCAAGCCUCGAUCACAGUCAGAUGUUGUCGAGAUUUUUGAAUGGUGGUCAAAAUGUCCAAGAAGUCGUUAUCCAUCAACACUAUACGUAACUGUAAGAGGAUUGAAAGUCCCAGAUUGUAUAAAACCAUCUUACCGGUCUAUGGUAGCUCUUCAGGAAGAAAAAGGUAAACCAGUGUAUUGUGAACGUCACCGUGAGUCAAGUCCGAUAGACUUAGAGCCUGGAUUAGAAGAUUCAAAGGAAGUAGUCAAGUGGAAACGACUGCCUGGACAGGCUUGCCGUAUCCCAAACAAGCACCUCUUUUCACUAAAUGCGGGAGAACGGGGAUGUUUUUGUCUUGCUUUCUCCCAUAAUGGAAGGAUAUUAGCAGCAGCCUGUGCCAGCAGGGAUGGAUACCCGAUUAUUUUAUAUGAAAUCCCUUCAGGACGGUUCAUGAGAGAAUUGUGUGGCCAUCUCAAUAUCAUUUAUGAUCUUUGCUGGUCAAACGAUGAUCGUUACAUCCUUACUGCAUCAUCUGAUGGCACUGCCAGGAUAUGGAAAAAUGAAAUAAAUAAUACCAGUACUUUCAGAGUUUUACCUCAUCCUUCCUUUGUUUAUACGGCUAAAUUCCAUCCAGCUGUAAAAGAGCUAGUGGUUACAGGAUGUUAUGAUUCCAUGAUACGGAUAUGGAAAGUUGAUAUGAGAGAGGAACCUGCCAUAUUGAUCCGACAGUUUGACACUCAUAAGACUUUUAUCAACUCUCUCUGUUUUGAUACUGAAGGUCAUCACAUGUAUUCAGGAGACUGCACAGGGGUGAUUGUUGUUUGGAAUACCUAUGUCAAAGUGAACGAUGUGCAGCACUCAGUGCGCCACUGGAGUGUGAAUAAGGAAAUCAAAGAGAGUGAGUUUAAGGGGAUUCCAAUAAGUUAUAUGGAGGUUCAUCCCAAUGGAAAACGUUUGUUAAUCCAUACCAAAGAUAGUACUUUGAGAAUUAUGGAUCUCCGAAUAUUAGCAGCAAGGAAAUUUGUAGGUGCUGCAAAUUAUCGGGAGAAGAUUCAUAGUACAUUGACACCAUGUGGGACUUUUCUUUUUGCUGGAAGUGAGGAUGGUAUAGUGUAUGUUUGGAACCCAGAAACAGGAGAACAGGUAGCGAUGUAUUCUGACCUUCCGUUCAAGUCACCCAUUCGAGACAUCUCUUAUCACCCACUUGAACAUAUGGUUGCAUUUUGUGCAUUUGGGCAGAACGAACCAAUUCUUCUUUAUAUUUAUGAUUUCCAUGUUGCCCAGCAGGAAGCUGAAAUGUUCAAACACUACAAUGGAACAUUCCCGUUGCCUGGAAUACACCAGAGUCAAGAUGCGUUGUGCACCUGUCCUAAGCUGCCCCAUCAAGGCUCCUUCCAGAUUGAUGACUUUGCCUACACUGAAGACUCUUCAGUGAAGUUGCAGCAAGUAAAACAGAGGCUUGAGUCUGUCACGGAGGUGAUACGAGCCUGUGCUGCAAAGGUCAACAAAAAUCUCUCGUUUACUUCGACAUCAACCUCCUCAAAACAGCCCGGCUUAAAACAGUCAAACGUGCUGUCCGCUCAUGAGAUUCUGCGUCAGUUUGGUUUCACUCAGACCGACUUGGAUUUUGGGAUUAUCAGCAUAGAAAGAAGGCCAUGUAACCAUCACGUAGAUACAGCGCCAACAGUAGUGGCUCUUUAUGACUACACAGCAAAUCGAUCAGAUGAACUAACCAUCCAUCGUGGAGACAUUAUCCGAGUGUUUUUCAAAGAUAAUGAAGACUGGUGGUAUGGCAGCGUAGGGAAGGGACAGGAAGGUUAUUUUCCAGCUAAUCACGUGGCUAGUGAAACACUAUACCAAGAACUGCCUCCAGAGAUAAAGGAGCGAUCCCCACCUUUAAGCCCCAAGGAAAAAACUAAAGUGGAAAAACCUUCAUCUUCUCAAAAGCACUCAGUCAUGAAGGACAAGUCCCAGGGCUUCAGACUGGGUUCAGAAUCUAUGACACAUUCUGAUGUGGGCAAAGAACAGAGCCGUGAGAACCGGGAACACAUGAUGGACAUGCAGGUGAAGAAGAAUGAGCAAAUGGGCCGAAAAGUCACCUUAAUAGAGGUCGGCGGUUGGAAUCCACCAGGCACUCCGUGGAAGCCCUGUGGGGCAGUUCUACUGUGUCCUAUAGGGUCGCUGUGAUUUGGAAUUGACUCAACGGCAGCGGGUAACAGCAACGUAAAGAGUUGAAGAAAAAUGAAGAGACAAAGAACCAAAUGGGUGGAAAUGAAAUGACACAUUAAACCAAAUGGAAUGUCUCUUCAAAAUUCAGAAUUUUCAAAUACUGAGGAAGAAAGAAAGGAUCCACUGCUGCGUGUCCUGAUGAAAGAAUCCAGAAAAAUCAGAAGCAAGGUGUGGGUAGAAAAACAAAUGUGGCCUUUGAUCUUAAUUAUUAUAAACCAUUGUGAUUAUUGUUGGUCAAAGUAUUGGUACUUGUAUUUAUUAGUAAUUGUAUCAGAAUUACAUUACCACUGUUGAAAUACCGAUAAAAAAAAAAAAGUAUUUGUUACUCAGCAGAUGUGAAGAAAAAGUAUUUGUAUUGUUAGGAUAUCUGUUAAGUAAUCAUUUAUUUAUUAUAUCUGUAUUGUGGUUAUAUGUGUGAUGUUAUGCUCACAUUAUGAAGUAUCUGCUUUUGAAAUUUUACUUUAUUUAAAAGAUAAGCAGCUUUAGAAUAUUGUGUAUUUCAAAUGGUCAGAAAGUUAUUAAAAUGGAACAAUUUGCUUUUUUAGCAUCAAAAUUUUAUAUUUGUUUUGAAAGAAUCAUAUGUGUAACUUGUGAUAUACCUAAACUCAUAAUGAUUUUUGGCUGGACAGGCAACAGUGUUCUGGUUUUUUUUUUUUACAUUUAAAAAAAACUUUUCUUAUUUAAAAAUAUAGGUGAUUUGUAGACUUCAUUGUUUAAUAUUUAUUUUAGUCUUAAUACUUGUUUUUAAAUUAUUCCAUUGCAUUAUUUAUUUCUUAGUUCCAGAAAAACAAUGUCAUGUAUAGUUACUGCUGUAUGACUGUACAUUUUAAAGCGUGAUAUUAUAAUAGAAAAAUUCUUUUUUUUCUUUUUUUUUUGGUUUUUUCUUGAUUCUUCUUUCUCCACAAUGUGAUUAUAAGUCUGUUGAUAAAAUAUCUAACCCCAAGAAUAUCAGAACUAACAUCAAAUUAGAAAAACUUUUUUGCCAAAUUAGACAAUUGGUUCCAUUGAAAUAAGAAGUGAGAAAAACAGUGUUGGGCAUUGAGGUGUAAAUUUUGCCAGAUGUAUACCCAGUGUGCAUUAUCUCUAGUAAAAAAUAUGUUUGGUCCUUAUCCCUGCACAUGUUUAAAAAAGAGGCCUGAAAAUUGGUAAACAUGCCUCAGCUCUGUAGAACUUAAAAAAAAAAAAAGGCAUUUUCAGAAGUGGUGAGUGGCGCUGAUGGCUGCUGAAGCCCUCAGUGAUGGGCGCUGAGGUCUUUUCUGACGGCACCGAGUUCAUUAUUGGAGAUACUUAUGUCUGUGUGUCAGGUACAGCUGGGCCCAGCCAGCUUGUCACCCUUGUACAAGCUUGUUAUUUCUGUCUUGUGAAUGUACUUGAUAAUUAAAAAAUAAAACCAUACAUCUCUCUGCAGUUUCAGCUUA